UUAUUGUCAAAAAAGUGAAACGAAAGUGGUGUUCGUUUGAUUGAUUUUACUAAAUUAAAUUCGUUUUAAUGUAAAAUGGACUCGUAUUACGUGUUAACCGGGAGUUGAUGCAAGUGUUAAUGAAAUUAUACUAAUAUAUUAUAUUUGCCAGGGCCUUGUGUGAAGAUCAAUACUGAAUUUCAACAUAGCUAAUAUGCAGGUGGAUGAACCUCCAUUCCUGCCAGUAGGCACUGAUGUCAGUGCCAAGUACAAGGGUGCUUUCUGUGAAGCAAAGAUAAAGAAAGUAGCCAGAAGCAUAAAAUGCAAGGUCACACUCAAGGUUGGAGGCACUAUAACAGUGAAUGAUGAUGUCAUAAAAGGAACCCUGCGUGUUGGCAGCACUGUGGAGGUGAAACAGGACCCUAAGAAAGAUGCUGUGGAGGCUGUCAUCACUAAGAUACAGGAUUGUAGCCAGUACACUGUUGUGUUCGACGACGGUGACAUCACGACACUGCGGCGGUCAGCACUAUGCCUAAAGAGCGGAAGGCAUUUCAACGAGAGUGAGACGUUGGACCAGUUACCCCUCACGCAUCCAGAGCAUUUCUCUACGCCAGUCAUAGCUGGAAGGCGCGGGAGGAGGGGGAGAGCUGCGUCAGACGAGAGUGAAGGGGAAGUGAGCACCCGUCGCAUGCCAGCUGACAGCGAGCCGCACGUCGGUCGCGUAGUGCUAGUGGAAGCGGCGGGCGGGGCGGAACGGCGGCGGCCGCACCAGCCCGCCUUCCCCGCGCUUGUGGUGGCGCCCACCCCCACCAUUAAAGUUAAAGAGGACUAUCUUGUGCGCUCCUUCAAGGACGGCCGAUAUUACACAGUGCCAAAGAAGGAAGCCCGGGAGUUCCGCAAAGGCAGCGCGCCGCUAGAAUGGGGCGGCGUGGAAGCGGCGCUACAGUUCCUGAACAACGGCACGCUGCCGCCGCACUGGGACCGAGCAGCGCUCUUCAAUGAACCACGCAAUACCUCUGACGACAGCUCCGAUGACGAGCCCCGUGAAGAGAAAGACCACUUCGUGGCUCAACUCUACAAGUUCAUGGAUGAUCGUGGCACGCCGCUCAACAGGAACCCCACUAUUGCCAACAGAGAUAUCGAUCUCUACAGAUUAUUCAGGGUGGUGCAAAAACUUGGAGGCUACAAUAGAGUGACGAAUCAGAAUCAAUGGAAGACUAUAGCUGACAAGAUGGGCUUCCAUCCAGUCACAACUAGCAUCACAAAUUUAUGCAAGCAGGCAUAUAAGAAAUUCCUGCACAGCUUCGAAGACUUCUACCGGAAGCUAGGCGUGACGCUGGUGGCGCACCCGCGCGGCGCACGCACGCCGCCCGCCGGCCGCUCGCUCAUCCGCGACCGCGACAAGCAGCCGCCCACCUCGUCCUCCGCCUGCUCCACGCCCACCAACACGCAGCGCACAAAGGACAAGGACUCUGACAAGAGCGAGACAGACAAGAGUGAGAAGGAAGAGAAGUUGGAGAAAGCUGAGAAGCCCAAGGAGAAACGGGGAAGCGAUGAGGAGGACAGCGCGGAUAACCAGCCGCUUAUCACCACGGCUCCUAAGGUUGAAAAAGAGAAGGAGAAAGAAAAAGAAAAGGAGAAAGACAAGGACAAGGAUAACAAAAGCACAACGUCAACAACAACGACCACGAGCGAGGAGAAGAUUGUUGUCAAACCGCGCUCGCAGUCGCGGAACCGCGCGCUGCCCGUCAAGACGGAGCCGCUUGAGAAACGGACGCCUAAGCGAAGGCCCAUAUCGUCCAAAGAGAGCACAAGUGCUGUUACUCCUCGCGCGUCACGGCGCCCUCACGCGUCCACUGACAGUGACAGUUCCGGCCGGGCUUCAAGAUGUGGGCCAACAAAGAAAAUGCAGAGCCGCCGCAGCCAAAGCGCUAACUCUGCUAGCAGCGGUAAUACGAUUGCUUCUAACAGCAGCAAGCGACCGAGGAAGCGCAAAACUACCGAACCAUCAACUAACGAGCCAACUCGUGCUGGCAAUGUGAAAGCUCAGGUGGGAGACAAACUGAAGGUGUACUACGGACCCACGCAGUCGGAAUCAAAGGUAAUGAAACCGAAGGUGACGUACGAGGCGAAAGUGAUCGAGAUAUCGUCGGAGGGGAUGCUGCGGGUGCACUACACGGGGUGGAACACGAGGUACGACGAGUGGAUCAAGCCGCAGAGGAUCGCGCUUAAUGUCACGCAGCAUGAGAUGCGGAAUAAGAAGAGCAUAAACAACAGCAGACGGGUCAGGUCAAAAAGGACAGAAGAGUCAUCGGCUCGCUCUGAUUCGGACAGCGAUUCAGAUAGCGACGACAACGUGAAACGACCUCCCAAGAAACCUGAUGAUAAGUCCAGUAUAAAAACACCCAGGUCUAAAGACGCUAAGUCCAGUGAUAGCAGUAGUUCGAGCAAACCUCGCAAAAGGCCCAUCAGGACGGUAUCCACGCCCACUGCCGUCUCCCCUACCAAGAAACCGCGCCCCAGCUCCUCCACGCACCAAGGCCGAGAUUACGAUCUCAACGAAAUACGAUCAGAGCUCAAAGGACUUCACACCGUCAAGCAGGAAACUGAAGAACCGAUAAAGCAGGAAGUAGUGGAGAAAGAAGCUUCUAGCUCGCCGCAAGCCGCCACGUCCGCCCCUGAACCAACUCCGCCUGAGAAACAACCUAAAGAUGAGGAUGUUUACGAGUUCAAGGAACCGGAACCUUUUGAACUAGAACUGCAUGACGAGAAGAAAAAACGAACACAUAGAAUCUUUGAUGAUAUUUCACCUAGCAAAUACACUUCAACACUGUCCAAAUCGCUUAGCGAAGAAAUUUCCGAAGAUCCUCUGAAAUCCCGAACAACUCCAUUACGGUCGCCUUCUCUAUCACCUUUUAGAGAUUUUGGCUCCACGAGCAACGCUCCUGGCCGACAGAGCCCUGAAGACGACUCAAAGGAUGGUCUAUUUUCAUUAGACGAAGAUUCCUUUCCCGGCGACGGCAGUUCAGGGCAUCGCUUCGAAGGCUUCAUACCUGCAAAGAAUCAAGAAACUUACUCAAAGAAAAGCAAGGUCUCAAAACUUCGGGAGUUAAUCGAUGAUUCGCCGGAUAGCAGAGCUGAUGACGAACAAUCGUCUGAGGAUGAACCUGAAGAUAUAGGGAUUAAAGAAGAACUAGGAGAGCCAAGCUCUAGCUCAGUCCCCACUUCAGAAUCUCCUAAAUCCCCAGAACCAGUGAAAGAAUCAUCUAACGAAUCUGAACAAGCUGAAGAUUCCAAAACUGAGAACAAUAUUCUAAGCAUGCUGGGUAAUCCAGAAAAAGAAUUAGAGCUCCUAGAAAGUAUUCCAGAGCCUGCUAACACGCCUCCCCCGCUUGUAUUCCCCUUAAUUCAAAUGAAAGACAUACCUAUUCCCAGUACGCCUUCGGAGUCCACGAGUGACAGCACUCCGGAUAUGAAGGAAGAAACUGUUAAGGAGGAACCACCAAUGAUUGAUUUGGAUUCUAUUCCACUACCAAGUGAUGAGCCCAAAGACAACGUGUUUAAAAUAAACAAGGAACCAAAAGAAAGCAUAUUUAAAACAAAAGAAAAAGAACCCUUGAAAAUUAAGGAACUAAAAGAAAGUACAACUAAAGUUAAAGAAAUUAAAGAGACAGAAGUUAAAGAACCCAGUGAAUCUGACCAGAAACCUAAAGAUACAAAAGACAGUAUUUUCAAACCUAAGGAUACUAAAGAAAUUCCCGUUAAAGCGAAAGAUCCCAAGGAUAGCGCUUUGAAAUCCAAAGAUCCCAAGGAAAGUACACCUAAAUCCAAGGAUCCGAAAGAGAGUUUACCCAAAGUAAAAGAUACAAAGGAAACGAAUCCUAAACCAAAAGAUAAAGAUCCAAAAGAAAAUAUUUUUAAACCAAAAGAUACCACUGAGAGUAUUUUCAAACCCAAAGACACUAUUAUUAAAAGCAAUAAGGAUCCGAAAGAAAGUAUCUUCAAAAUCAAUAAGGAUCCUAAAGACAGUGCUUCAAAAGCGAAAGAUCCCUUAGAAAGCACGUCGAAACCUAAGGAAACAAAAGAAGCGCUCAAAGUUAAAAUCGAGCCAAUAAAGAGUUUGGAUCCUGAUCCAAAUCCUCCCAAGCUAGAACUUCCAUCAAGUCCCCUAAUAGAUACAGAGGAAGACAAAUCGGAGCCGGAUAGUCCGGCGCGAAUCGACGUGAUUCCUGAACCGCCUCCCGCCUUCCUCGUCCAAUCCGAGGGUCCUAAGAUAGCCGAUAAACUACUUAAAGCCAUCAACAGCGCUAAACGGCUGUCCAUGUCUCCACCGCCCGUCGAAGACAAAGCAGACAAGUCAGAUAAACCACGCGCGCUCACUCCCAAAACUGAUCUUCUCAAAAUUACCAAACCCGAAGGCAAACAAUCGCCCAUACCGCUAGAAACAAAAACUCCCAAACAGGACACAAAGCCUAAAGAGCCAUUGAAGAAAAUCAGUCCAACGGUCACGGAUUCCAUUUUCGGUGAGCCAUCCAACUUUACCGAUGCGAAGCGUGACCUCGCUGAUAUCAAGAAGGUUAAAGCUAAGGAACCCUCGCCACCCAGGUUAUUAAGUCCUUUGAAUAUCCUGGAGCGACGGAAGAGUGUGGCGGAUCUGCCCAUGCCUACCCCGGGCAAGAACAAUAAAGUUUUGAGUGACACUAUACAAAAGUUGUCCAGCCAGAUUAACUCGAGUCAGGCUGCAGCUGCAAGUAUACCUUUGCCGCCUUUCCCGGCGGAGGAUAGGAGCGAAUCCAGUGACUCUGAUGAUUCUGAUAGAAGGUUAAUAAUAGACAAGCUAACGGUAGAAGAAUGGAGCGGCACAGACGCGGCGCGCAGCGCGCUGCACGCGGGCAAGUCGCCCGGCGAGUGGAGCGCCGGCGAGACGCUGCUCAUGCUCGAGGACGCCUGCAAGAACGAGCGCAAGCACAGUGCACGCGUAGUAGUAGCGGGCAGCGCUCGCGGCCCCGCCGAGGACGACAGCAACCUGUCGCUGCUGCUGUGCGAGGAGACCAUCCCCGGCUCGCCCGCGCCCGACGCCGAGCCGCCGCGCGCCGACCUGCACAUGCCCUUCGCCUGCGCGCCGCAACACGCCAACAAAGGUGACACUAGAGCGAGACAGACUAUAUGCUGUGCGAGUAGGACAGGGAACAGCAACCGGUCGCUGCUGCUGUGCGAGGAGACCAUCCCCGGCUCGCCCGCGCCCGACGCCGAGCCGCCGCGCGCCGACCUGCACAUGCCCUUCGCCUGCGCGCCGCAACACGCCAACAAAGGUGACACUAGAGCGAGACAGACUAUAUGCUGUGCGAGUAGGACAGGGAACAGCAACCGGUCGCUGCUGCUGUGCGAGGAGACCAUCCCCGGCUCGCCCGCGCCCGACGCCGAGCCGCCGCGCGCCGACCUGCACAUGCCCUUCGCCUGCGCGCCGCAACACGCCAACAAAGGUGACACUAGAGCGAGACAGACUAUAUGCUGUGCGAGUAGGACAGGGAACAGCAACCGGUCGCUGCUGCUGUGCGAGGAGACCAUCCCCGGCUCGCCCGCGCCCGACGCCGAGCCGCCGCGCGCCGACCUGCACAUGCCCUUCGCCUGCGCGCCGCAACACGCCAACAAAGGUGACACUAGAGCGAGACAGACUAUAUGCUGUGCGAGUAGGACAGGGGACAGCAACCGGUCGCUGCUGCUGUGCGAGGAGACCAUCCCCGGCUCGCCCGCGCCCGACGCCGAGCCGCCGCGCGCCGACCUGCACAUGCCCUUCGCCUGCGCGCCGCAACACGCCAACAAAGGUGACACUAGAGCGAGACAGACUAUAUGCUGUGCGAGUAGGACAGGGGACAGCAACCGGUCGCUGCUGCUGUGCGAGGAGACCAUCCCCGGCUCGCCCGCGCCCGACGCCGAGCCGCCGCGCGCCGACCUGCACAUGCCCUUCGCCUGCGCGCCGCAACACGCCAACAAAGGUGACACUAGAGCGAGACAGACUAUAUGCUGUGCGAGUAGGACAGGGGACAGCAACCGGUCGCUGCUGCUGUGCGAGGAGACCAUCCCCGGCUCGCCCGCGCCCGACGCCGAGCCGCCGCGCGCCGACCUGCACAUGCCCUUCGCCUGCGCGCCGCAACACGCCAACAAAGGUGACACUAGAGCGAGACAGACUAUAUGCUGUGCGAGUAGGACAGGGGACAGCAACCGGUCGCUGCUGCUGUGCGAGGAGACCAUCCCCGGCUCGCCCGCGCCCGACGCCGAGCCGCCGCGCGCCGACCUGCACAUGCCCUUCGCCUGCGCGCCGCAACACGCCAACAAAGGUGACACUAGAGCGAGACAGACUAUAUGCUGUGCGAGUAGGACAGGGGACAGCAACCGGUCGCUGCUGCUGUGCGAGGAGACCAUCCCCGGCUCGCCCGCGCCCGACGCCGAGCCGCCGCGCGCCGACCUGCACAUGCCCUUCGCCUGCGCGCCGCAACACGCCAACAAAGGUGACACUAGAGCGAGACAGACUAUAUGCUGUGCGAGUAGGACAGGGGACAGCAACCGGUCGCUGCUGCUGUGCGAGGAGACCAUCCCCGGCUCGCCCGCGCCCGACGCCGAGCCGCCGCGCGCCGACCUGCACAUGCCCUUCGCCUGCGCGCCGCAACACGCCAACAAAGGUGACACUAGAGCGAGACAGACUAUAUGCUGUGCGAGUAGGACAGGGGACAGCAACCGGUCGCUGCUGCUGUGCGAGGAGACCAUCCCCGGCUCGCCCGCGCCCGACGCCGAGCCGCCGCGCGCCGACCUGCACAUGCCCUUCGCCUGCGCGCCGCAACACGCCAACAAAGGUGACACUAGAGCGAGACAGACUAUAUGCUGUGCGAGUAGGACAGGGGACAGCAACCGGUCGCUGCUGCUGUGCGAGGAGACCAUCCCCGGCUCGCCCGCGCCCGACGCCGAGCCGCCGCGCGCCGACCUGCACAUGCCCUUCGCCUGCGCGCCGCAACACGCCAACAAAGGUGACACUAGAGCGAGACAGACUAUAUGCUGUGCGAGUAGGACAGGGAACAGCAACCGGUCGCUGCUGCUGUGCGAGGAGACCAUCCCCGGCUCGCCCGCGCCCGACGCCGAGCCGCCGCGCGCCGACCUGCACAUGCCCUUCGCCUGCGCGCCGCAACACGCCAACAAAGGUGACACUAGAGCGAGACAGACUAUAUGCUGUGCGAGUAGGACAGGGGACAGCAACCGGUCGCUGCUGCUGUGCGAGGAGACCAUCCCCGGCUCGCCCGCGCCCGACGCCGAGCCGCCGCGCGCCGACCUGCACAUGCCCUUCGCCUGCGCGCCGCAACACGCCAACAAAGGUGACACUAGAGCGAGACAGACUAUAUGCUGUGCGAGUAGGACAGGGAACAGCAACCGGUCGCUGCUGCUGUGCGAGGAGACCAUCCCCGGCUCGCCCGCGCCCGACGCCGAGCCGCCGCGCGCCGACCUGCACAUGCCCUUCGCCUGCGCGCCGCAACACGCCAACAAAGGUGACACUAGAGCGAGACAGACUAUAUGCUGUGCGAGUAGGACAGGGAACAGCAACCGGUCGCUGCUGCUGUGCGAGGAGACCAUCCCCGGCUCGCCCGCGCCCGACGCCGAGCCGCCGCGCGCCGACCUGCACAUGCCCUUCGCCUGCGCGCCGCAACACGCCAACAAAGGUGACACUAGAGCGAGACAGACUAUAUGCUGUGCGAGUAGGACAGGGAACAGCAACCGGUCGCUGCUGCUGUGCGAGGAGACCAUCCCCGGCUCGCCCGCGCCCGACGCCGAGCCGCCGCGCGCCGACCUGCACAUGCCCUUCGCCUGCGCGCCGCAACACGCCAACAAAGGUGACACUAGAGCGAGACAGACUAUAUGCUGUGCGAGUAGGACAGGGAACAGCAACCGGUCGCUGCUGCUGUGCGAGGAGACCAUCCCCGGCUCGCCCGCGCCCGACGCCGAGCCGCCGCGCGCCGACCUGCACAUGCCCUUCGCCUGCGCGCCGCAACACGCCAACAAAGGUGACACUAGAGCGAGACAGACUAUAUGCUGUGCGAGUAGGACAGGGAACAGCAACCGGUCGCUGCUGCUGUGCGAGGAGACCAUCCCCGGCUCGCCCGCGCCCGACGCCGAGCCGCCGCGCGCCGACCUGCACAUGCCCUUCGCCUGCGCGCCGCAACACGCCAACAAAGGUGACACUAGAGCGAGACAGACUAUAUGCUGUGCGAGUAGGACAGGGAACAGCAACCGGUCGCUGCUGCUGUGCGAGGAGACCAUCCCCGGCUCGCCCGCGCCCGACGCCGAGCCGCCGCGCGCCGACCUGCACAUGCCCUUCGCCUGCGCGCCGCAACACGCCAACAAAGGUGACACUAGAGCGAGACAGACUAUAUGCUGUGCGAGUAGGACAGGGAACAGCAACCGGUCGCUGCUGCUGUGCGAGGAGACCAUCCCCGGCUCGCCCGCGCCCGACGCCGAGCCGCCGCGCGCCGACCUGCACAUGCCCUUCGCCUGCGCGCCGCAACACGCCAACAAAGGUGACACUAGAGCGAGACAGACUAUAUGCUGUGCGAGUAGGACAGGGGACAGCAACCGGUCGCUGCUGCUGUGCGAGGAGACCAUCCCCGGCUCGCCCGCGCCCGACGCCGAGCCGCCGCGCGCCGACCUGCACAUGCCCUUCGCCUGCGCGCCGCAACACGCCAACAAAGGUGACACUAGAGCGAGACAGACUAUAUGCUGUGCGAGUAGGACAGGGAACAGCAACCGGUCGCUGCUGCUGUGCGAGGAGACCAUCCCCGGCUCGCCCGCGCCCGACGCCGAGCCGCCGCGCGCCGACCUGCACAUGCCCUUCGCCUGCGCGCCGCAACACGCCAACAAAGGUGACACUAGAGCGAGACAGACUAUAUGCUGUGCGAGUAGGACAGGGAACAGCAACCGGUCGCUGCUGCUGUGCGAGGAGACCAUCCCCGGCUCGCCCGCGCCCGACGCCGAGCCGCCGCGCGCCGACCUGCACAUGCCCUUCGCCUGCGCGCCGCAACACGCCAACAAAGGUGACACUAGAGCGAGACAGACUAUAUGCUGUGCGAGUAGGACAGGGAACAGCAACCGGUCGCUGCUGCUGUGCGAGGAGACCAUCCCCGGCUCGCCCGCGCCCGACGCCGAGCCGCCGCGCGCCGACCUGCACAUGCCCUUCGCCUGCGCGCCGCAACACGCCAACAAAGGUGACACUAGAGCGAGACAGACUAUAUGCUGUGCGAGUAGGACAGGGAACAGCAACCGGUCGCUGCUGCUGUGCGAGGAGACCAUCCCCGGCUCGCCCGCGCCCGACGCCGAGCCGCCGCGCGCCGACCUGCACAUGCCCUUCGCCUGCGCGCCGCAACACGCCAACAAAGGUGACACUAGAGCGAGACAGACUAUAUGCUGUGCGAGUAGGACAGGGAACAGCAACCGGUCGCUGCUGCUGUGCGAGGAGACCAUCCCCGGCUCGCCCGCGCCCGACGCCGAGCCGCCGCGCGCCGACCUGCACAUGCCCUUCGCCUGCGCGCCGCAACACGCCAACAAAGGUGACACUAGAGCGAGACAGACUAUAUGCUGUGCGAGUAGGACAGGGGACAGCAACCGGUCGCUGCUGCUGUGCGAGGAGACCAUCCCCGGCUCGCCCGCGCCCGACGCCGAGCCGCCGCGCGCCGACCUGCACAUGCCCUUCGCCUGCGCGCCGCAACACGCCAACAAAGGUGACACUAGAGCGAGACAGACUAUAUGCUGUGCGAGUAGGACAGGGAACAGCAACCGGUCGCUGCUGCUGUGCGAGGAGACCAUCCCCGGCUCGCCCGCGCCCGACGCCGAGCCGCCGCGCGCCGACCUGCACAUGCCCUUCGCCUGCGCGCCGCAACACGCCAACAAAGGUGACACUAGAGCGAGACAGACUAUAUGCUGUGCGAGUAGGACAGGGAACAGCAACCGGUCGCUGCUGCUGUGCGAGGAGACCAUCCCCGGCUCGCCCGCGCCCGACGCCGAGCCGCCGCGCGCCGACCUGCACAUGCCCUUCGCCUGCGCGCCGCAACACGCCAACAAAGGUGACACUAGAGCGAGACAGACUAUAUGCUGUGCGAGUAGGACAGGGAACAGCAACCGGUCGCUGCUGCUGUGCGAGGAGACCAUCCCCGGCUCGCCCGCGCCCGACGCCGAGCCGCCGCGCGCCGACCUGCACAUGCCCUUCGCCUGCGCGCCGCAACACGCCAACAAAGGUGACACUAGAGCGAGACAGACUAUAUGCUGUGCGAGUAGGACAGGGAACAGCAACCGGUCGCUGCUGCUGUGCGAGGAGACCAUCCCCGGCUCGCCCGCGCCCGACGCCGAGCCGCCGCGCGCCGACCUGCACAUGCCCUUCGCCUGCGCGCCGCAACACGCCAACAAAGGUGACACUAGAGCGAGACAGACUAUAUGCUGUGCGAGUAGGACAGGGAACAGCAACCGGUCGCUGCUGCUGUGCGAGGAGACCAUCCCCGGCUCGCCCGCGCCCGACGCCGAGCCGCCGCGCGCCGACCUGCACAUGCCCUUCGCCUGCGCGCCGCAACACGCCAACAAAGGUGACACUAGAGCGAGACAGACUAUAUGCUGUGCGAGUAGGACAGGGAACAGCAACCGGUCGCUGCUGCUGUGCGAGGAGACCAUCCCCGGCUCGCCCGCGCCCGACGCCGAGCCGCCGCGCGCCGACCUGCACAUGCCCUUCGCCUGCGCGCCGCAACACGCCAACAAAGCAGAGGAACGUCGCGCGGGCUCCGCGCGGUCACCGGUGGCGGGCGGGCACGCGGCGGAGGCGGGCUGCGCGCCGGCCGCGUGGGGGCGGCGCGCGCUGCUCGACAACACGCCGCCCACCACGCCCGACAGCAGCCUCGACAUGUCGCCCAUGCGAGAGCGGCGUAUUUCGGAGCGAGACAGCCCGAUGGAAAGGAAAGAAGACGAAGACGACAGGCGGGAGAAUGACGCCUCCGCCAUGGACAUUGACAAAUCUCAUGCAGGCGCUCGGUCGCGCAAAGCGUCAGAGUCGUCAUGCGCGGGGCGCGGACGCACGCGGCGCGCGCGACGGGACACGGACGAUGCGCGCUCUACAGACCACCAGUCCGACCUCAAGUACAACUUCUUCAUCGAGCUCGAUCCAUCAUGGGACUGCCAGACCCGUAUCAACGUGCUGACGACGCGGCUAGCGGACCUGCGCAAGGCGUACCAUUCUGUGAAGGCCGAGCUCGCCGCCAUUGACCGUCGCCGGAAGAAACUGCGUCGCAAGGAAAGAGAAGCCGUGAAGGCAGCGAAGGCCGCUUGCUCAUGAUGAAGGCAGUAUCGCUCUUGAUCUCAGCCGACGCCAGCAGACAGUUUAUUCGUUUUAGAAUGGACCAGCUCGCUUGCCCCUUCACGUUACGUUCAAAAGAAGCUAGAACAUUAGCAUGUAGAUUCUGUAUUGUUAUUAUGCCUAUCUUACAACCUCGUUAUAUGAAUCUUCAUCGUAUCUAAAUCAUAAUUUAUUGUACAUGUUUCGUCUGAAUAAUUUUAAGGCUUCAACGCAUGUUGGAUGCCGGUGUAUUGUAUGUAUAUGUAAUUUAUAGUUCGCAAAUGUUACCUCGAAUUUUAUCUGUUUUCUGUAGGUGGGUGGGAAUAAGUGAAAGUACAUAUUUAGCAAUACUGUUGUGCAAUUGUACGGAAUCUGAACAGAAUAUUGCUUUCAUAAAUAUAUACAUGGACUCAAUGUCAUACAGUAAAUAGGAAAGAAAUACAUUAUUUAUUAUAUUUGAAGACUGAUCGAUCGAAAUAUGGGAUAAAUGUAUUUGACACAUUUUUAUCUAAGGUUUAUAAUAUUUCUUCGAUUUAUUAUGUCGUUUAUUUGAAUAUAGACAGUUUUAUUGA